AUGUCAAUAAUGUCAUGUCAUUUUAAAUCAUCAGUUUAAAUUAUUGUCGAACAACGGUAAAUUUUGAAAGAAUUAUUUUGAGAUAAAACUAGAUUGAUUUUUUUUUUAAUAUUCUUAAACUAUCAAAAUGGAUAGGUCACAAAUGCUGAAUCUAAACAGGAGUAAUUUAACGGAUUCUUCCAUCUUGACACCUGUAAAACCUAGAUUGGGAAGAUUUGUUGAUGUUUAUUCUCCUGAACAUCUAAAUUUGACACCAAAACCUAAAUCAAAAUAUACCUUUCAUAGAUUGAGACAUGAUAGUCCAAAUUUGCAUUCCCCACAUCAGUAUCUUGAAACUGAUUACAUAUGCAGAACAGUUAAACUGCAACCUAGAGUUCAGCAUGUACUCAGCAAUUACUCCUUUGAAGGGAACCAGAGCUUCCCACGAUUGAAGCGCAAAAUAAAACCUAUCACAAUGGAACUGGAAACACCAACCAAACUAAAGUCAGCUGUUGAUAUUGUUCGAGUGGAUGGGCCAAAUGGUCUACGUUUCAAUUCAUCGCUAGUGUCUGGUGAUAUACCUGGAUCUCCAGCUCAAUCACAAACUGAUCGUUUGCAGCAGCCUAUCAACUUGAACAAAGCUGUGUUCACAAUCGAAACCAAUUCGUCAAAAAUUCUGAUUGUAAAUAACAAGGCCUGUUCGUUACUCGGGUAUUCCUCCGGUGAACUGUGUGGAUUGCGGUUCUCUGAUAUCUUGAGGAAAAGGAAUAGAAAAUCUUUUAACCUUCAAGGUCCUGAGGAUGGGGAUACUUCAGAAGAUGGCACUGUGAUUUUACUCAGUGGAAAGGUAGUAGAGCUGCAAACAAAAGAAGGUGGAACUGUUCAGGUAUCAUUAUGGAUUAGACAACUGGACAGCGACGGCCCUUGUUUAGUAGUUGCAGAACCAGUCAACUGCAAAAAUGUUUUGCUAACCAUAGAUGCAGAAACUGCAGUCAUAUUGUCAUGUGAAGGUGUUGACGCACCUGCUCUGUUCGGAGCUGAAUCCUGUGAUAAAUUGGUUGGUCUACCCAUCACUUCACUCAUACCUUCAAUAAGGCUGCCAGCUGUAGACACACCUAUAUCCAAAAGUAUGGCCAAGCAGAAAGUUACUGGGAGAACACUUGAAGGUGGCUGUUUUCCAGUUUGUUUAUGGAUAACGAAACCCGAUAAUUCGGAUGGUGCACAUUGGUCAGCUAUAAAAUCUCAACGAUCCAUACUCGAAAUUAACCUUAGGGUGACAUACAAUGUUAGCGGCCUUCUAGUCGUCGACGAGGCUGGAAUUAUAACCGCUUGCAAUCACCACUUUGCCAUGUUGACGUUCGGAAAGCCGCAUUCAGAAGUGAUCGGUCAUCACAUCGAUGACGUCAUACAGUUCUUCUGCCGCGAAUCUGAUAUAGUAAAAUUGCCCGACAGAGCUCGCAAUAUGACUCUGUCUCCUGUUAAUAACGAAGAUAAUCCUUCUGCAUCGGACACGGACGACGAUUCGUGCGGCGCGUUCAACGGCAGCCAGAAGUCAGCUUGUAUGUCUCUUAACGUCCAGCAAUCCUUACUUUCGACAACUCGAGAGAAAUCAUCCAGCGCAUUAUGCCUUGACAAGUCGAUCAGCAUGAUCACUCACACUCCGACGCCCACCCAGGACAUGGUGUCCAGUAUCAGCACUACGGAACAGCGGAACGACGUGUCCGCGCUGCCGGACGUGACGUCAGCGAUGUCGGGUAUAUCUAUUGACGACGACAACUUCUGCUCGAGUAGUAUUUCGAAAUCAAGAUCCGAGAACAUAUUGAGAUCGGAACAGGGAAACCCUGUUAAACCGCUGGCAACAAAACCUUGUGAUAAAUCGGAAUCCGUAUAUUACACAUCUCAGCACUCCGAAGUGACGCCUACUGGAGGGACGCCUCGAGUCCGACUUAGCGAUCCUUCCUUGCGACUGUCGUUUGAUUCCAGUAAAUACAGAUCUCUAAAAGCCACCUUGCCCGGACAAGUUCGGGACGAUAAGAGCAGUCUCUCCCUGGAUUAUUGUGAUUCGAAUGAAACGAGUGCAGAUUUUCUCACUCCGAUAAAUGAGAUGCCGCCCCCGGGAUGUGAAAUCGAGGAUCUACCAAAACACAACGGAAACGAUAGCGUCGACAGUUUGAGCAACGACAACGAUUUGGAGACACAGACCGAGUCAGCACCGGGGAAAAGAUUUGACGAGGAGGUUCCCGUGACUCCGUGCGUCCCCAAACGUUUGCUGCGCGCGCACGUGACGUCGACGCCGCAGAACACGCGCGACCGGCCCGCCGACACGUGCGCCGCCGACUGUCGGCACCGCGACGGCACCUACAGGGGCGUCGUCAUGCACCGAGACGGGACCGAACUCAACGUGGUGUACACGGUGUCGAGCAUGCAGUUGGCGGGCGGGCGGAGCGUGCGCUGCGUGUGGCUCGGCGUGCAGCUGGAGGACGCGCCGCGACACAACACGGUCGCCUCCAGCCUCACGUCCACGGCCGACAACUCGCUCGUACUUGGCAACAAAUCGGCUGGCAGCAGACCACAGUCCAUGUCCUUGGUGAGCCAGGGUGGAGACGAACAAGUUGCAGGAGAAUACAGCAAACAUUAUGUUACUUUGAAACAGAUUGGUAAAGGCGCCUACGGCUGCGUAAAGAUGGCGUAUCGUCGUUCCGAUCGUUUGCUGACCGUGACCAAGUUUAUACUGAAAGAGAAGAUCGGUCCACUGUUCCUGGUCGACGGGCCGGACGGGAAGAAAGUACCAUUGGAGCUAAGUCUCUUGCUCACAUUGAAGCACCCUAAUAUUGUUAGUUUAGUGGACGUAUAUGAAAACGAGAAAUAUUUCCAAAUGGUCAUGGAGAAACACGGUGCCGGCAUGGAUUUGUUCGAGUUCAUAGAACGACGUCCGAGAAUGGAUGAACCCUUGUUGAGCUACAUAUUUAGACAGGUCGGACAGGCGGUCGAGUACCUCCACUCGCUGAACAUUCUGCACCGAGACAUAAAAGACGAGAACAUUAUAAUCGAUAACAAGUUUCACGUGAAGUUAAUCGAUUUCGGUUCAGCAACUUUUAUGAGCAAGGAUUCUCUCUUCUCUACUUUCUACGGAACCACUGAAUACUGCAGUCCUGAAGUGUUGGCGGGAAAUAAGUACGCCGGUCCGGAACUAGAGAUGUGGUCAAUGGGCAUAACGUUGUACGUUCUAACGUUUUUCGUUGAUCCGUUCUCUGACAUCGAAGACACUAUCCAAGGGCCGCUCACCUUUCCGCACUUGGUAUCAGAAGACUUAGAGCAGCUCCUCCGAUGGAUGCUGUGCAAGGAUCCCGCGAACAGAUGCACAAUAACGCAGCUGAUGUCUCACCCGUGGAUAAAACAGCAUGUCGCCAUUGCUAAUUACGUCUUCCACGAGAUCAUUGACUGCGAUCGUGACGAAGCGAAUCCUGAAAUGUACUAUAACGGGAGCUUAUCACCAAGAAGUGGAUCACCCGUAGACCAAGUCGAUCCCGUGGCUAAAGAACGUUCGAACCCAUCCGAAGUGGCCGUCCGUUCAGAGGAAAAGAACGUUUCUCGAGAAGAACCUAAGCGAAGUUCCGUGGCUCUGCACGCUCUGUCGACUGCCGACCGAGACGCUCACUCAGAUAACUACAGUCUGCGAUCUUCAGCUGACAUACUAGACAUAUCGUCGAAGCCGGUGUCGGACGCGGCGCUCACGGACAUCAGCUCGGACGCGACCGGCCACGCCGCCUGCGACAUCGACUACGACUGCGACCAGUACGAGUGCGACAGCUGGGACGAGUGCGAACAGGACAGCUUCUCCUAGACACGCACACGCACAUGCGCACGCACGCACGUACACACGCACGCACGCACACGCGCGCGUCACAUUCAAAUCGAAAGAUAUACGUCAACAAGUUCAUUUGCGACACUAAAACAAUCCGAUCUAAACGCGGGACGAACAACUGCCAAUGUGUACAGGUUUCUAAAGUACUAAAAAUUAAUUUCGUCGCCGAAGGUCUUUAUGACCAGUAAUAUCAAAACUAGGUUUUUUUACCUUACUCGCUGUCGGCCAACGGCUGUCAAAUGUCGUGAAUACAAAACUAUAUGACUUGAUAUGACUAUAUGACGGCUUACGAAGUUAACACAAAUAUGACACGAACCUGUUUGCUUACUAAAUUUACAUAGGAGACCCUUUGACUAUUAAUAAAUUAUUUCACUAUAUUUGCGAAUAAUACCUAAAAUAUAUAAAUACGAUGCUCUGUUAGCAAACGAAUGUCAGCACUUUUUUUUAGGAAAACGCACUAUUUUUAUCUAAUCCACAAAAACGCGAAACGAUAGCCGCCAUUAUACACUCGUAUGUGUCCUUGUUUAAGUACUACAAUGUGUGCAUCUGUCAUUAGCACACUAUAUACACUAACUAACAAUUCUCUUUUAAGACAGACCUAAAUAUUUUAAUUAAACUUCUUUCAUUGAUGUAGUUCCUAUAUAUAAGUGGAAUUUACUUUAAUACACACAAGAAAAUAUGAUGUGAAAGUAUCAAAAAACGAACAAAACAGACGCAAUGGCCAGUGCUAUCACUAAUAAUAAAUCAGACAAUCAAUUAGCACAUAUAGAGCUAUGAAAAAAUCAUAUCAGUAAUUUGUUAUAAUGUAUCUUAGUAUAAUGGGGCGGCUUAAUAAAAACAGAAGAAAGAAAUUGGAAGUGUACUUACGUCGAAGCGACUCUCAAUAUGUACAGGCAGUGACAGAAGUGUUUUCAUAAUCUAUACAUAUAAAUAAAAUUGGAGCGUCUGUUUGUAAUAUUGAAAUAACCGCUAUUUAAUACAUGCAUAUGAAUAUACAUACGGUACAUACACAAAAAUACCAUUUUGUACAAUUUUUGUCUGUUUGUUCCGCCUAAUCUCUGGAACGGCUGGACCGAUUUUGACGAGACUUUCACUGAUAGGUAGCUAAUAAUAUAAGGAGUAACUUAUGCUUUUAUACUUUUUUUAGAUUAGCUUCGCCCCGCGGUACGACAAUAACCGCGGGUAACAUCGCGGGACUCAGCUAUCAAUAAUAAAAUUUAAUGUUUCCAAAGCGAAGCGAGGGCGGUCGCUAGUGUAUCAUAUAUUUCGACAUUUAAUUAUAGAAUUAGCUUAACAUUAAUUUUAAUAUGAUAUUUUUAAAACACGCUCUGUCUGUGUUAUUUUCAGUUACAAUGUUUACCGUCUCUGUCGCCACGUAACAAAACAACAUGGCAGUAGUGUUUUUUUCUUAUUUUAUUCAUAGUUAAAAGUUGCUAGAUAGAUUUCAAAAAUAUAUUUAUAAUGUGAUGGAAAGACACGUAUGUAUGUUAAGUUUACUUCAUCAUAUCUCAUGUAAUUGUCUUAUGAAUAAUUAUUUGUAUUUUUAAAUAUUAAAAAAAACAAUUAAAUUUAAUGUAUCAUGGGUCUUUGCCAAAAAAAAAGCGACCAUCCUUCGACAGGUUAAAAAAAAAGGGAAAUAGCGCAAAAAAUUAUCUUUUAUUUACCGACUUACGAUUAUAUUUAAGUUUUCUAGGUAAUUUAUAAUAGAAAACACCCAAAACUAAAAACUCUACACCCAACACUAAAAAUCAUGUACUUUAUUAAUAUUCGUGUCGUAAAUUCAUAGAAUCUAAAAUCAAAUGACGCGCGAUGUAUCGCAAAUUCAAAAAGUGCCAGCUACCUUCGCACGUUCACGAAAGAUGAAUCUACCAAAAUCGCAUGUGUUGGAUGUUAGUUGAAAUAACACAUAAUGGAAAUGUUUCUCCAUUCAGCUCAACCAAUAUUUUUUUUAAAUAGAGUACUUUGUCUUGUUCAGGAGAAACAUAAAUUUAGUUUACAAUUUUGUUCUAAAUGCCUUAAAGGGAUUUGAAAAUUUUUCUAUGGAACAUAUAAUUUUAACUCUUAUUUAAAGCAAACUAAAAUAUCUUACUGGUAAGCCCAAAAAAUCUAUCGACAGUUAUUAAGGAUGUUAUACAUAGAAUUAUUAACCAACAUAAACUAUGGAAAUUUCUUAUAACGAUAACGGAAUUAAAUCCGGUUUACAAAAAUUAGCUCAAGUGGUCUCUAAACUGAGACGAAACAAACACACAAAUAAGUAUCUAUUCUAAAAGUGUAUAAUAGGCACAUAUUCUUGUCUUUUGAUCUAUGAGGCUUUAGUAAAUAUAGAUUAGAAUCUUUGUGUCAAAUUUCGAAAUAGUACCUUUUUCUGCAGUAUUAUUUAUAUACAAUAUAAGGAUUUAGAUAAUAUUAUAAGAUUAAAAUUAAAAUUGAAAUCUAAGUCGUUCACUUAGCGCAAGGGGUAAAUGUAGACCAAAUUUAUUUAAGUAUAUAAGUAAUUAUACGUUUUGUUUAUAAAAAUAGUCUUCUUGUCUUUACUAAAAUCGUUUCUAGAUGAUAAAUCUCGACAUUAGAAGCAGUAUGAUCGGAAAUCAAAGAUUUAACUUUUCCGUAUGUGUAAAAUUGUUAUAAAAAUGUAUCAAGAAUAUCUCAGCGAUAAUUUUUAUGGUGCGAUUUCUUUAAAUAAUUGAAAGACAGUAAUCUAGAAGUCGCGAUCCCAAGCGAAGGACGAAAUCUAUACACGAAACCUUAGCAAUUGUUGAAAAAAUAGAUUAAAUACUUCUAAUGUCGGGAAGUAAACAAAUGUUCCUUAAUGUACUAUGCAUUUAACUGUUGAUCUCAUUAGACACAAUUAUUGAAGAGGCACGCGGAAUUUAUAGAAAUUAAAGGUUUUCAAACACACUGCAAGUAAUACUAGAGUAAAAUACCGUCUUCCGCAAGCUAUUUUGCAAUGAUUAAAUGUUUGUUUUUUAAUCAAAAUUCGAAUGCAAGAGCGAGUGAGAUAGCAAUAUGUCUCCUCGCCUUCUAGGGUGACCGUAUCAUUAUAAUUGUUUUUGAUACUUAGGCUAACCGCUAUGGUCCUGUCCGAGAUUACUCUAAUUAUUUGUAGCUGUAAAACGCAUUUUAUGUUUAAUUAUAUUCGAUAUAAAACUGUUCGACAAACUGUUCGGAGGUGACAUUCCUAACUCUCCCAUCUCGAACAUUCAAAAUUACUGAUUCACAAUUUUAAUGUUAAUAAAAUGUAAUUAUCGGCUUAUUCCCGCGUUUUUUUUUUAAAUGUCAAUGUUGUUUCUGACGUUUCGACCACUGCAGUUUUCGUGAUCACGAACAUAUAAAAAAAAACGCGAGAUAUUAAACCAUAAAAUUAGUUUUGAUUUUUAUUAUAUUUAGAACUGGCUAAUAUCGAAGGAAAACAAUAUAACGUAUGCGUCCUGAGAUGAGAUCUUAUGAAUUUAAGUAUUAAAAUAUUUUAAGGCACAUCGACAAUUCACAUAGGAUAGACAAAGCUUUAUUAUGAUAAUUGAAAAAAAAAACUUCAGAGGUGUCAAGGGACACCCGAAUGGAAAGAAGUUCCUUUCGAUUAAUUAGUGAAGGAAUUGUAAUUUUUUUUUUAAGUUAUAAUAAUAAAUUACGGCAUUAUGAAGAAAAAAAAAACAAUACUAUGAACUAAAUUACUAUUGUUGAAACGCUAUCUCGAGAAACUGUACUCAUUACGCGGACGAAUCAGAUACGAGCAAUGUCACGCGAUAAGCGCCUACACGUCAAUGAAGUAGGAAACCUAUGGAAAUGAAACGUCGACCAAAAUUUCGUGCCAGUGUGACGUCAUCUGGCCACAAAACAUGGCGGCUUUAGUGCUGUACAAAAGAUUUCAAUGUUAUCAGGUUUUAUCGAUAAACGUUCUGGGCUCAUUUUAUUUUAAAUAUUGUUGAGUAUUAUUUAUUUGUAGAAUUUAUACUUUAAUGGGAAGUAAGUAGGUAUAUUGUUAUGUGCAAAUAUGAUAUGAUUUAGAUGGGUGAAACCUAAGACAAGUUCGUCCUUCGAAUUUGCCAAGUAAACGAUAUGAUGAUUUUUAAAGUUGCUACACUGAUUUUAUAAAGUUGUCGUUUGUCGCAAAACAUAAAGAUAUGGCGUAGUUCAAGCCAUCAGCCCAUUUCUAGCAUGCUAAGUGUUAUCGUAUUUUGAGUACGUGUUUUUCUUAGACUAUUACAAUCUAUUUUAAUUGUUUUGCUGACUCUAAAGUCCGUAACAUACUACCGCAGCGCACCCCAAGGAAGGUGCGCCGCACCAUUUGAAUCACUUUCUCUUGAGAGUGAUUCAAAUUUUAAACUUAUCAAGGGACCGUGUGAAAAAAAACACCUACAGAACAUUUAUUCAUUAAUUACAAACGUCAUUCCUUGUGACUUCCUCUCUAAAAUCACUUAAUUAUUAAAUAUUUAACAAAUUUACAAUAGUGUUUUACUCACUGCGGAAUAAAACUAUUUUAUUUAAAUAGUUCCGAAGAGAUUUUGCCGGUAGCCUUUUUCCCGAAAUAUCUAAACAGAAUGUCUAAAUAUGUUUUGAUGACAUAUUUUAAAGUGGUAUUUAUGAUUAGUGUCAUGAUCAAUAGAUUCCGACCGAAAAAUAGAUUUUUCGGAUGAGGGCUCCAUAAUGAAUUUAAAUACAUAUAGAUAAUAGUUUUAGGGUAUCGACUUUCUUGAGAUCCUAUAAAAUACGUUUUAAUUAUUAUUUUUGUAUGUUUUAAGCAUGAUAAAUUAUGAAAUUUUAUAUAAUCAAUCAUAUUAAAUCGAUAUCAAAGUCAAUAAAUAAUGUACAACCCAAAACAGACGGCCGAACUGACGUGACAAUGACAUUUGGCGCGCUAAACAUGGCGGAUUUUCGGCCUCAUUAGACGGAGACGGAGAUAUUUACGUAUAUUCAUGUUUAAUUUUAUGUACGCACUGAAAUACUGUUAUAUUGUUUUCCUGCGAGUUAAAGUGCUGAGUAAGAACGAGAUAGAUAUAUGUUUAUGUAUGUGCCUUCAAAAUGGGUGCUAUUUAUAUAAGCAAUUGUACGUAUAGAACAAUAUGUCGUGUCCCUACUAUAUAGGUCUAUGCUACACGUUGAUUGGUCAGAAUGACGGAUCUAAAAAGUGUCGUGACAACUUUUCGUAAGAAUUUUUUCCGUCUAGCCCCCUUCCACGACGCGCGAUAAGGAACUUCGUUCCAAAAACAUUCCUUACAUUAGACUGCAUUGUAACUAUCAUUGUUUUAAAAUACAUAUCUAUUUUGAUUCAAAUUAGUAAAAUAUACACUCUUCUUUAUCGAAACAAUUUUUUUGUUCACAUAAAUAAUAAUUAUAUUGCACUUAAUGUUGUAUUUAUCAUUCCUGUGUAGAUCAGUAUUGAUUAUAAUCAUAUUCAAUGUAAUAUAGAAAUUAUAUUUUUGUAGAAUUAAAGCUAAUUUAUUAAAAUUUGUGUCAAAAAGUUUCUUCACUUAAAUUUAUAUCACCAUUUCGUAAUUUUAAUUUAAAAAUAACGAUUUCCAUAGCACACGUUUCCAAUGUUGUCUUAGAAUUCGCAUAAAAUAUUAGAAAGUAAUGCGAUUUACCAUUCAAUGUUCCAUUUCGGUGAUGUCGACUAAGAUGCUAAGCACGAAUCACACUUCGCGGCUCUAACCCAUUGACAAGAACCGACGUUUUAAUGACAUUUCACAUGCAACCUGCCACAACACAAUCGGUUUUGUUAAUGUGUGUGAAAUAAUAUUAUAAUUUACGAUUUAUCAUUAUCCUUAGGGCGAGUAUUUCUGUUUAUUCGCAUCGAUUACUUCAAAAUAGCGCCAUCUGGUGUCAAUAAUGGGACCAGAUGACCUAACUUAAUACUUUUUAACCACAAUGCUAGAUAUUUGAAUGUUUUUUAAUUCUGACACAACUCGCACUAAGCACUCUUGUGAUCUUUCACAUACCACGACGACCGUGCUCUGUCGUAUCGUACUGUACAAGUGAAACCACAUUAACGUCACGCAUCUGCCUCAAAUUCAUAGGUACUCUAGACUAUCUCCUAUAAUAACUCCUUCUAUUGGGGAGGGUAAUUCGUGCUGAAAAUUUUUUUUUUUCGAACACCGAAUUUCUGUGGAUUCUUGGGUGCAAGCAACUAACUUUCGUUCGACUUCGUUUUUAUGACCACACCACUUGUUACGGGAGUAGAGCUCCAUUCCUAAUAAUAUGUUUAUGCAAAAUACUUCGCGUUUUAAAAAGACUGAAUUUGGAGCAAGAUUCUAAAGGCGACAUUCUCUUGUAAAUUGAAACCUAAACGUUCACGUUUCGUGUAAAUACGCCGAGCUCAGUGUGCUUAAUGCGAGUUUUUUAACGUUCUCGAUAGCGUAAAAGUUGGUAGUAUGGAAUGGGAUCGUUUGCCUACGUAUGCCGCUAGGGGCGCUGUUCUAACUGCAUACAAAAUUGGGCUAACUUUUACGCUAUUGAAAAUGUUAAAAUUAAAAAACUCACACUAAGCACACAGCUAGCGCACGAACAUAGUAGAAAAAAUACCGUGAACGCUGUUCUUAGACAACAGUUAGGAACGUAAACAUGCAUUGUAAAAUUAUUUGUCUUCAGUGUGCUUAAUGCGAGUUUUUUAACGUUCUCCAUAGCGUUAAAACUUUACUGGUGGUAGGACGUCUUGUAAGUCCGCACGGGUAGGUACCACCACCCCGCCUAUUCCUGCCGUGAAGCAGUAAUGCGUUUCGGUUUGAAGGGUGGGGUAGCCGUUGUAACUAUACUGAGACCUUACAUCUCAAGGUAGGUGGCGCAUUUACGUUGUAGAUGUCUAUGGGCUCCAGAAACCACUUAACACCAGGUGGGCUGUGAGCUCGUUAACCCAUCUAAGCAAUUAAAAAAAAAACUAACACUGUAUGGAGUUGGAACGUUUGCCUAUGUUUGUCGCUAAGGACGCUGUUCCAACUGCAUACAAAUUUGAUUUAACCUCUACGCUAUUGAGAACAUUAAAAAACUCGCACUAAGCACACAGUAAACUUACUAUCCUUAAGAUUGUCUAAAGACUAAACAGUCAUCAAUAUCUUUUAAAUUAUAAAAAGUUUUGUUGUUUGCUUAAUGAAGAACCCGUCCGUGAUAGGUGAAAGGAAACAUUCUUUGCGUAACCGUUUUGUCCGGCGAGUCUGUUACUCGACCAGUGCCUUAAAACGGACAACGCCGCGAUGAGUUACUUUGCCUGUGUAGAACAAACAAUUUAUAGAUAAUAAACGAUAUUCAUGUAAA